CCUCAACGUCGUAGCCCAAAACCAAAUGUUUCAGAAGAACUCAGAGCACAAUUUCUUUUCCAUGAAAUUCUACCUGCUUUCUCGAUUGUUGACACUUCUAGAAUAUCUAAGUGGACAGUAUUACUGCGAACUAUUUCAUGCUGCUUUCGAUUUAUUUCUAAUUGCAAAAGGAAACUAAAAGGUCUUUCCGUUGAAACUUUAAAAGCUACGGAAAACCAGGCGAAGCUCAUUCUAACAACGAAGGUCCUAACUGAGUUGGUACCAAUUAAGAGAGAAGAACUACAGAAAGCCGAAGUUUAUUUAUUCAAGGUGGCACAAUCAGAGAGUUAUCGAGAUGAAAUAACUAUCUUAAUUAAAAAUAAAGAACGCCAGGUGAAAGAGUGGCUAGCCAUCGAAAAGGCCAGUCCGCUUUACAAGCUGUCUCCAUUUUUAGACGAAAGUGGCAUCGUAAGGAUGGAAGGUCGUACAGAAAACGCAGAACUAUUACCCUUCGACAUGCGUUUUCCUAUAAUAUUACCAAAAGAUCAUAUCAUUACUUUUAAAUUGGUUCACCAGUUACACGUUAAAUAUGGCCACUCCUACCGAAAUACAGUGAAAAACGAAUUAAAACAACGUUUCUGGAUUUCUAGCAUCGACACUUUGAUCAGAAAGACAUCAAGAGAAUGUACAUGGUGUAAAGUUCAUCGAAACCGCCCGCAGAUACCAAGAAUGGCCCCACUUCCCAUCCAAAGAGUCACACCAUUUCUUCGUCCAUUCAGUUUUGUCGGCCUGGAUUACCUGGGACCCUUUGAGGUAUCUAUAGGGCGGCGAUCCGAAAAACGUUGGGUCUGCCUAUUUACUUGUUUAGUAGUUCGCGCCGUGCAUUUGGAGGUCGUAUAUAGUUUGACAUCUGAGUCGUGUCUAAUGGCCAUCCGAAGGUUUAUAAGUCGCAGAGGCCCACCUACUGAGUUUCUAUCCGAUAACGGAACAAAUUUUAAAGGAGCAUGUAAGGAGUUGAAAAAGCAAAUCCACGAUAUUAAUCUACAGUGCGCAAAUGAAGUUACAACUACUUUGACUGGAUGGCGUUUUAAUCCCCCUGCCACACCGCAUAUGGGCGGUGUUUGGGAGAGGCUCGUUAGGUCGGUGAAAGAUGCACUAGUUGCACUCGAUGACGGAAAGCGCUUAACAGACGAGAUUCUUAUUACGGCGAUUAUCGAGGCUGAAGACAUGAUCAAUGCUCGUCCUCUGACGAGUGUCUCUACGGAAGUGAACGAAGCUGAAGCCAUUAGUCCAAAUCAUUUUUUACGGAGCAGCCCUGCCAAUGAAGUGGAUUCAGUUCCACCACGCCCUCAUGAAGCUACUGCUCUCCGAAAUGCGUAUCAACGAACUCAACAAUUGGCUCACAACAUGUGGGAGCGUUGGGUUAAGGAGUACGCUCCAUGUUUGAAUCAACGAAGUAAAUGGUAUAGCGAAUCGACGCCGUUGCAGAAAGGAGACCUGGUGUACGUUGUAGUCGAGGCUAACCGGAAGUCGUGGGUGCGUGGUGUAGUGGAGGAGCCUAUCGUGUCCGGAGACGGAAGAAUCCGUCAGGUAUGGGUUCGUACGAAAAGCGGAGUCUUCAAACGUGGUGUUGCCAACAUAGCGGUGUUGGAGAUAACUGGAGGUAACCCUCAACCGUGACGAGAUCCCGGAUAAGGAUUACGGGGCGGGGUGUGCUGGGAACCGCUGAACAGCAGAAACGUUUGAUGAGAAGUGGGUGAGCUUAGUUUUGACAGCGAAUAUUGAGGUGAGGCAAACAGGAAGAAAAUAGAAAAUCUCGAUAGAAGUAUAAGUUCUACUCUGUUACAAGAAACGUGCACAAUUGAUUAUCCUACUUUAAAACUUACAAAUAGUUAUCAUCACAGUAAAAUUCCUUCUUAACCUAAAGUUAAAAGUAUCACAGAUAGUUGUAUUUAUCACAGUACGGUUGAUCAUCACAGAAAUUGGUGCAGAAAAGUUCAGGUUAGAUUUCGCAUACAGCAUCGGAGAAAAAUCAGUUCAGUCAACCAGAUUAUCUACGAUAGCAGAUACAAGAAAAGUCUCUUUGCAUAAAACAUCUGCACGAGGAUCGGG